AUGCCGCCAAAACGCCCACUCAAUCCGCACGAACGCAAAGUCAAGAAACGAAAGAAUGAGUUGAUCCACAAGGCUCAGGUCAAGCGCAAAUACCAUAAGCAGAUCGAGAAGGUUGACUUUGAUCAAGACACACCCGACUAUGUCAAAGAGAUCUUUGGGGAACGUACGAUUGAUGACGAGGGGAAUAUUGUCGAAUACACAAACGGUCAAAAGCCUGCAGCAUCAAAAAAGGAUCAAGAUGACCGAGUAUUUUAUCUCGAUGAUACAGACAGCGAUGAAAGUGAAGAUGAGGAUGAUAAGGGUAAAGCAAAGAAAAAGAAGACUGAGAAGACGCGUAAACCCAAUCCUUUCAAGGCCCAAAUACAAGAGAAAGAACAACGACUCAAAUCAGUACAAGAUGAGCGGAAAAGGCGACAACGAGAACGUGACGAUCGAGAGUAUGAAAAGAGAAAAUACUACAAGCAACGAGAACGUGAACGGGGUCGUUUAAUGUCCAAGACAAAGAAAGGCCAACCCAACAUGGCAGCACAAGUAGAUCAUUUGCUUAGCAAGAUUCAAAAGGGAUUAUAG